AUGGAUGACAUUGCUAUUGUUGGUCUUGCACUGCGAUUCCCAGGCGAUGCAACUUCCCCGCAAAGGCUGUGGGAUGUGCUGGAGCGAAAGGAAUCGCAGUGGUCGGAAUUCCCUAAAGACCGUUUCAAUAUUGAUGGCUUUUAUCACCCAAACAGUCAGAGGUUGGGAAGUAUCUCAUUCAGGGGAGCGCAUUUCUUAAAAGAAGAUGUCAGUGCAUUUGAUGCUCCGUUCUUCUCGAUCCCAACGGAAGAAGCGAACGCAGUCGACCCCCAGCAGCGGAUGCUCCUUGAGAUUUCCUACGAAGCUCUCGAAAAUGCUGGCAUUCGAAAAGAAGAUAUUGAUGGUACCAAUGCUGCAGUGUACGUGGGGUCAUUUGUCAAAGACUACGAAUACAUCAGCCUCCGUGACCCGAAUUGGACACCACGAUAUGCCGCAACAGGAAAUGGAACUGCAAUCAUGUCAAAUCGCAUAUCCUACUCCUUCAACUUACACGGCCCCAGUAUGACUGUCGACACUGGCUGCAGCUCAAGUCUCGUUGCAGUUCAUUUGGCUGCGCAGAGCCUUCGAACAGGAGAGGCGUCCCUAGCUCUGGCUGCUGGAGCAGGCAUGAUACUGACUCCUGAGACAAUGCUUCCGAUGACAGCGCUGAGCUUGCUAAGCCCAGACGGGAAAUGUUUCACAUUUGAUUCUCGAGCAAAUGGCUAUGGCCGAGGCGAGGGCGUUGGAGUUGUAGUCAUGAAGCGUCUGUCAGAUGCCGUCCGUGACAACGACACCAUCCAUGCUGUCAUGCGGGCCAGUUCUGUAAACCAAGACGGGCGCACCAAAGGUUUACUAGGUAUUACUUUUCCCAACGGAGAUGCUCAGCUUGCCAAUAUCCGUGCGGUCUAUGCUUCAGCUGGCCUGGAUUUGAAUCAGACUGGCUACAUCGAGUGCCACGGCACAGGAACGCAGGCAGGCGACUGUCAAGAACUCCAAGCCAUCUCCAAAACUAUUGCUUCUGUCCGCUCUGCUGACAAUCCGAUAAUUGUCGGUUCGGUGAAGACGAAUAUCGGCCAUCUUGAAGGCGCAGCCGGCAUUGCGGGCUUGAUCAAGGGAAUAUUGACUUUGGAACAUGGCCGCAUACCUCCAAACAUCAAUUUUGAAAAGGGAAAUCCUAAUAUCGACUUUGAGAAGUGGAAAGUCAAGGUCCCGUUAGAAAUGCUCGAUUGGCCUAUCCCUGGCAUUCGUCGUGUAAGCGUCAAUUCUUUUGGCUUUGGUGGCUCCAAUGCCCAUGUCAUCAUAGAUGAAGCUCCCGGCUAUCUUUCGGAGAAAAGGCUAAAGGCAAACCACUCAUCUAUGGACAUUGCAUCCUUGGGGCACUAUAGAGGUUCGGACAAGGAACGGCACGAAGUCCGACUGUAUUGUUACUCAGCAAGUGACAAACCAGGUGUGUCUCGUGUCAUGGAUUCACACAUCCCGGUUCUUGACUCGAUCCAGCAAGACACUGAAGAUUACUUGCUCAACUACUCAUACACCCUCGGUUGUCGUCGAUCAAGUCUUGAAUGGAAGGGAUACGUUGUGGCGGCAUCUAUGGCGGAACUUGUAAACAAGAUGCGAGAUUUUGAUGCUACUUGUGCGACUCGUUCGUCGUUGAAGAAACAGCCUAAGCUAGGCUUUGUCUUUUGCGGCCAGGGUGCCCAGUGGGCACAGAUGGGUAAAGAUCUCUUGUCAUUCAACACAUACGCUACCAGUCUCCGGGAGGCCAGUUGCUUCUUACAGAUUGCCCUCGGUUCCCGAUUUGACCUUUUUAAAGAAAUCUUUAGAGGGGCAGAUAGCACACACAUAUCUGAUCCUGAGAUCUCACAGCCUGCAACAACAGCUCUUCAGAUUGCUCUUGUUGAUCUAUUUCGGUCUUUUGACGUUCAGCCCAGUUAUGUGUUUGGUCACUCUUCGGGCGAGAUUGCCGCUGCCUAUGCCUCUGGGGCUAUUUCGAGAUAUGACGCAUGGAAGAUUGCCUAUUACCGUGGACUUGCUGCGGCCAGCCUUCCGGUCAGAGCUCCAAAACUCAUAGGAGGCAUGAUGGUGGUUGGAAUGUCGACUGAAGAAGCAUCAGCAUAUCUCGCCAAAGUUAAUAAGUCUGCGCAAGUUGCCUGCGUUAACAGUCCCCGAUCAGUCACGAUUUCCGGCCAAGCUGAUGCCAUUGAGAGUAUCGCGAGCGACUUGCGCCAGAAGAACAUCUUCACCAAGGUUCUUAACGUUAAAGUUGCUUACCACUCAUCUCACAUGAAGCUUAUCGAGCACGAUUAUGCUGAUUUUCUUGACGACAUCGUCGCUAACAAGUGUUUUGAGGGUGUCAAAAUGAUAUCUUCUGUAACGGGCAAACAGGUUACAGGCAGUGAGCUAAAUGCUCGGUACUGGGCAGACAACAUGGUCUCUCCUGUUCAAUACGUUGCAGCCGUUCAGUCGCUAAUGAGUGUCCCAGCGGAUAUCCGUCCAGACAUAUUGAUAGAGCUUAGUCCCGCUGCAGCCCUUCGAUCGCCCACGGCUGAUAUCCUCGGAACUAUUAGUGGUGCUUCGAACCUUAGCUACCACUCAGCUCUUGAACGAAAGCAAAACGGAAGAGUGACACUGCUCAGCCUCCUUGGCUCUUUGUGGUCCAGAGGAUAUCCUAUUAACAUGAAAAAUGUUGUUACAAAGGGCUACCAACAGGCUUCUUUAAGAUGUCUCUCAAAUUUACCCUCAUACUCGUGGAAUCACAGCAAGAAAUACUGGCAUGAGGCCGAACUGAGUCUUGAGAGCCGUAUGAGAGAGUACCCUCGAAUGGACCUUAUUGGAGCCAGGGUCAUAGAUUCUAUUACGCCUUUUGAACCAAGGUGGCGUGGGUUCUUGCGUAUCUCGGAAAAUCCCUGGAUUCGAGACCAUCAAGUGCAAAAGACCGUUAUCUACCCGGCCUCAGGCAUGAUUGCAAUGGUCUUAGAGGGGGCAAAACAAUUGGCUCAGGAUACACAAAAUCUUCUAGGCUACGAACUUGUAGAUAUGAAGAUUGAGAAAGCCUUGACCGUCCCCGAUACGGCCUAUGGUUUGGAAGUAUCUCUCAACAUCAAGGACGAUCCAACAAGUGUAGUCGGCAAUGGCGAGAUUGGCGGAAAGUCGUUUGCAAUUUACUCCAGGCCUCAGGGUCGACCCUGGGACCGACACGCCAGCGGAAGUUUGCGUUUUCACUACAAGGUUGGAAACUGGCAGACUGCUUUUCAAUCCUACGAGGAGCGUCAAAGUGUCAUGAGUGACGUGUGCAAAGAAUCGAGAAUUCCACGCCAGCUUUACGAGCAUCUUGACUCCAUCGGAAUGAACUACGGGCCUCUAUUUCAAAAUAUUGUCGAAAUUCGCAGAAACGGCAAUCAGUGUGUGGCCAGGAUCAAAAUUCCGGAUACCAAAUCCAAGAUGCCUUGCAAGUUUGAGUAUCCACACCUCAUCCAUCCGACUACUUUGGACUCAAUGAUUCAUACUCUGUUGGCAGUCCAGUCACUUCCCAUGGUCCCGGUUUUCGUCAAGAGCCUUUUUGUAACAGCAAACUUGGGUGAUGCGCAAUCCGGCGAAUGCUUCACUGGCUAUUCUACAGCCAAUGUGACUGGCGUUCGAAACGCAGAAGCAACUAUAUUCAUGAAGCAGACGCAGAAAGAUCAAUCCUACGUCGUCAUCGAAGGGCUACGCUUUGUCGCCCUGGAUACCCCAUCAGUUGAUGAAGGAGGCUUCCUAUCCACCAACCGUAAUCUCUGCAGCGAGAUCUUCUGGAACGAGGAUGCAACUUUUGCUCGGCCCAGGUCAUAUGUCGAGCAAGUCUCUCUUCUAGCUCACAAAUACGCAGGAUUAUCAAUCCUUCAGAUAGGCGGUGGCUAUCAUUUGUCGCAAGCGACUCUCAAAGCCAUCAGUCCGGGGCAAGACAUGGUCCCUCAGCUUUUGAGAUACACGAUCGUUGGGGCAGAAGGAGAUGAUGCUGCGUCUCAGCUGCUCGCCUCUGUUGAAGAUACCCCGCUGCAGCCGUUCAUUGAGAAGAUAUCCGAUAUUUCAAGCAUCAGAAACGACUACCAUUUGAUUGUAGCCUGCGACAAUACUAGGCUUGCUACCGAUACCUUGAAAGCGUACCUAAAAGAUGGCGGCUUGCUGCGUACAUUCGGCGGCAAAACAAUAGAACAUGACACAAGCAAUGAUGAAUCGCUAAUCCACCACAGCGGGAGCGAAGACGAGAUCAUCUUUAAGGUUUAUAGGAGCAACAAAUCACCGCCCUUAACAAGACCUGUCGUUAUUCUCAUUCCACGGGAGAUGAGCUUGGAGGUAAAAAGCUUUACUGAUUCUAUCAAAGGCCUUGAAGAAGCUAAUGAGCUCUCUUUCGGUGUCUCUAUCACCAGUUUCAGUAAAGCAUUAGAAGAUCCAGCUACUCUCACAGGCAACGUGGUUAUUUCGCUGCUUGAAUUCUCAGGCUCUCCUCAGUCUGAAGAUUAUUCCGUAUUCGACUGGAAACAAAAAGACUUUGACAAUUUCCAUUUGCUGCAGAUUCAUGCUAGAAGCAUGCUCUGGAUUACUCGGGGGGCUCAGAUGAGCUGCAGGAAUCCUCGCGGAUCGCCCAUUAUCGGACUUUUCAGGACUCUCAUUUCUGAGGACUCUCUGAAGUCGUUGGCUACUUUCGACUUGGCAGAGGAAUCGAAGCUUGGGGAUGCCGCCGUUGUGAAGAGUGUAUUGCGUCUUCUUGAUGUAGCCUUCGACUCCAGAUCGUCAUCCGUACAGGACACAGAGUUUGCCGAGAGUGACGGGAAAAUCUUUAUCCCUCGUCUUACUACAGUUCGGCCUAUCAACCGUGUCAUUGAGGAUGAAAUUUUAUCUUCGAGAUUCUCUCAAAGGCCGUUCGCCCUCGGCCCAAGACUUGAGCUUACAAUUAACAAUCCUAGCAUUGGCGAGGAUAGUUUAUUUUUCGCUGAGUCUGAGCUACAAGAUUUGAAACCGGAUGAGGUUGAGAUUGCUGUCAAAGAGAUGCCCCUGACUUUCGCGGAUCUCGAAAUCGCUCUUGGGAGGGCCAAAGAGUCGAGUAUAGGGGUAGACGUCAGGGGCCAGAUUACUCGAGUUGGCAGUGAGGUCAAGGGAUUGUCUCCAGGCGAUAAUGUAGUUGCCCUGGCUCCUGACGGCGCAAUUCAGAACUUCUUGAGAGUCAAGUCGCAGUUCGUCAAAUGUGUCGACGCUGAUAUUAUCCCAAGCUUCCUUAUCAGCGCCUAUUUUGCCCUCGUUCAUGUCGGAAGAAUUAAGAGAGGCCGCAAAGUACUGAUCCAUGCCGGUGCCAGUGCCAUUGGGCUCGUUGCAGUGGAUUUAGCUGUUGCCAUUGGCGCUGAAGUCUUUGCUACCACUGUUGGCCCAGACGUCGAGCGACAGCGAGAGAUUUUGGAACGACAUGGGGUACCGGAAGAUCAUGUCCUCGAAGUCAAUUCUGGACUUUUCGUCACUAAUCUGCUAGGGGCUACUGAUGGCAAUGGUGUGGACUGCGUCUUUAUUCCGACCAUGGAAGCGUUUGACGCACAGUUUGACUGUGUUCGAAGAUGCGGCAGCAUUGUUCGACUCGCCAACAAGUCUAUGGCUCCCACUUCGAGUCGUAUGCUACCAACAUCAGCGACUGUUGUUAACUGGGAUCUUCGUCAGUUUCUCGAGGAAGACUCAGCAUUUGUGGCGGAGCUUUUUGACUUGGCGACCCAGUUCGUUAAGAGCGUUGGUUUCAAGCCUUCCUUGUCCACCGAGCUCAAGCAGCCAUUUGAUAUUGGUGCUUUGACAGAUGGUCUAUUGUGUCUUCAGCAGACACCAUAUACUGGCUUUAUUUCGCUGACUAUGGCCGAAAACAACUCAAGCACCGUUUCUGUGUUGAACAAAGAUGCGACAAAAUCUCUCCAAGAGUCUCUCGAUCCCGAAGGGACAUAUGUAUUGGCUGGUGGUCUUGGAGGUCUUGGAAAGAGCAUAUCUGAGUUGCUUGUAAGCAACGGUGCGAGGCACUUGGCAUUCCUUUCGAGAUCCGGUGCAUCGUCGGGUGCCUCAAAGGCGUUCGUCGAGAACCUUGGGCUCAAGGGAGUUGAUGCGCGAGCCUAUGCCGUGGAUAUCUGCGACGGAGCUUCUUUGAACAACUUUGUCAAAAAGACUCUUGCUUCGGAGAUGCCACCUAUCAAGGGUGUGUUUGUGUGCGCUGCUGUACUCAGGGAUUCAGUCUUUGACAACAUGACAUUUGAUGAUUGGAAUGAGGCCAUCAAGCCAAAGACACACGGCUCGUGGAAUCUAUAUCAUUCAAUGUCUGCUGCUGGGCACGACCCCUUUUACAUCCUCCUCGCCAGCUCAUCCGGCGUUAUCGGCAACCGUGGCCAGGCCAACUAUGCUGCGGGCAACAGUUUCCAAGACUCAUUUGCAAGGUAUUUACGACAGCAAGGGAAGCAUGCUGUGGCCAUUGACCUUGGCCCAGUCCUGGGAGCCGGGAUGCUGGCCGAAAACGAAGAGAUCUUGAAUACCUUGCGCUCCAAUGGCUUCUUUGGCAUCCAGCACGAGGACUUCCUCACGGUUGUCAAGCAUGCCAUUACUGGAGAGAUGGCGCCAGGAGUGCCUGUUCCUCCUCAGAUAACUGUGGCGGUUGGCACAGGAGGUAUUAAUGCGCAGAUUAACACCCCGGAUCCUUACUGGACUCGCACAGCGCUGUAUUCAUAUCUCAACUUGGUUGAUAUCCCUCCACCAAAUCUACACGAUGGCAACGGCGGAGCAAGCAGAGACAUGAAGUCUAUGCUGGCAACUGCUGCGAGCAUCGAAGAAGCAGCGUUUAUUAUCCGCACCGGUAUAUCUGUCAUGCUGGGCAAGGCGAUGAACAUGCUGCCCUCCGAGAUUGAUAUGAAUCAGUCGCUGAAUGCGUAUGGCGUUGACUCCCUCGUAGCCGUCACGUUUCGAAACUGGAUCUUGAAUAACUACGGCGUGCAGCUGUCUGUGUUUGACAUUCUCGGUGAGGCGCCCAUGGUGGAAAUGGCGAAUACGAUUGCGGAAAAGGGAGGGUAUGGAGGAGUCAAGACGGAGUGA